AUGUCUCGAUUAUGCUGGUCCACCCGGGAUGAACGAGUCUACCUCGCGAUCGGGAAGGGCUGCUUCGGCUUUGCGCCUUCGGAUUCGGCGCUGACGCACCUCUGGAGCUACGAAGGCUUCCUGGAGGAUACUCGCGUGGUUGUGGAGGGCGCCUCUGGUCUGCUGGCAGUGUCCUCUGGCCGAAGCAUCCACAUCAUAGAUCCCCUGAGCCCUGUCAAGCCACGGGUUUCUUGGCUGGACGCGCACAAGGACACCAUCUAUGCCUUGCACUUCACGGAGACGGGGCUGCUCUUUAGUUCCGGGAAGGACUGCUGCGUGAAGGUCUGGGAGAUCGAGUCCGAGGAGCUCUCGCUCUUCGGGUCCAAGCCGGAAGCGCACCGCAGUUGUGUGUUGGGCCUGCAAUUCAACGCAGCCAGCAGGCUGCUCAUCACCGCUGGCAUGGACGGGCUGCUGCGGGUCUGGCGCCUGGAGAACACCGGCGCCUUUCUGCCACUGGCCACUUCCGAGCAAGCGCAGAAGGAGGGAAUCCUGUCGCUGAGCACGAACCUGGAGUCCAAUAUCUCCAUCACUGGUGGAUGCGACGGGUCUUUGCGCAUAUGGCGCUUCCAGCCUGGUGCGCUGCACAUGUUGGCCUGCGAGGGUGAGGUGCACCAGGGCUGGGUGCGGUGCUUGCAGUUCGAUGCGCCCAGCGGGCUGGUGAUCAGCUCGGGCGACGACGGCGUUUGUGGUUGCCCUUGCCUCGUCAUGUGA